CUUGCAGAUACGAAAGUCAUGGACAGGUGUUUUGUUUUUGUACACGCUCUGAAAUUUUAAAGAAACAAAAACAAAUUUUAACAAUUUGGGAUUAAUUGUCACAGUGUGUGAAUGUCUGUUACCUGUUGUGUUUCCAUAAUGAGUUUCAAGAACAGGAAGUUCUCUUUGGACAGCUCUGUUUCUCAGGAUGCCAAUGGCUGCUUCAGUAGCCACCGAGGCUCUAACCACAGGCUCUUCAGGAGACACGCAGCAAGUCUUGAAGGUGGCGAAGCGGAAAUGCAGGAACUAAAUCACCACUUCAACGGCCACCUAACCAACAGAGAGAAAAUCGCAGCUGAGGAGAGCACUGAUCGCCCAGAUGGGCUCGUCAGCAAGAACAGUUUCCAGAAACACAAUAAAACUUUCCACAAAUUGUUUCCAGAGAUCCCUGAAGGAGAGAAUCUGACACAUACUUUCAUUUGCGCACUGCAGAAGGAAGUGCUUUAUCAUGGAAAGCUAUUCAUUACUGAAAAUUACGUGUGCUUCUUCUCAUCGGUGCUGCUAAAAGAGACCAAGGUAGUGAUCCCUACAUCCAGCAUCCAAGAAGUGAAGAAACACAGUACAGCUUUGUCCAUGCUGUCCAUACAAACUGCUUUUGACGAGAAGUACUUUUUUGUUUCAUUGAGGAACCGAGAGAUGUGCUACAAACUCCUCCAAUCUGUCAGCUCACAGGCACAGGAAAGCAGUGCGAAAAGCAGCCCUCGCAACUCUUCGGCAGAGAAUGAAGCUGACUCCAAUUUGGUGUGCAGUCAUUGCAAUGUUGACGAUAGGGUGGAUAACGUGAUAAGCAGACAGAACUGCAGUGAGGUGAAUCCCAACAUGACAACAUCAAUUGAUGCAGGUCCCACACAAGACAUAUCUACAAGAGAAGAGAUGGACCACAGUGUGUCCUCGUCGCUGCUUUGGAGGAUAAUGGAGGACGUCACAUGGUUUUUCUUCCUCAGACAAAGAGUUAAUUUUAGUACAGUCUUCUAUGUCUACUUCAUGUUGUUGGUGCUACUUCUGCUUGCGUCUGGCUACAUGGGGCUGAGGAUGAUAGCUCUGGAGGAGCGACUCAACUCUUUGAAUGAACUCUCCCUGCACUACACAAACUAUCGAGAAACAUAACCAAGGACAAGACCCACAGAGUUUUGUAAAAGUCACUGCCUUUAAAGAACAUGAGGCGGCUCAUUUUGGCCCGAAAAAGACAUGGACAGGAACAUAAAGACUGCUAUGGACCUUGUUUUUCUUCAACCAAACAAGAGAAAACGGUCUAAAAAAACAAGUUAUUUAUGAGAGAAUUUUUUUUUUAACUCCUGGAGGAAUUCACCUCUACAAAGGUAGUGUUUUCUACUAAACAGUACCACCACAAAGUAAGGCACUUCAUUUUACCUCCUAGUUACAGUUUUAAGGAUCUUAUUUGUUGCCAAACCUUGUAAAUAAAUAAAUUAAUAAAACCUUUGUUAUUGCCUAUUUAUAGUGUCUGACAUUUUUAUUCAUUCAUAUUUGCUUGUAUAGGCGCUUGGGAUGUGUAGAUAUAUGGCAGAAAACAUACAAGGCUGAAAAAGCAGUUUCUGAUCUUGCGCCCCCCUUUAAAAUAAACUGCUGUAUUUUAAGCCAAAAGAACUAUUGUCUUUGAUAGAACAAUAUGUCUAUAUGCUGCUAUAGCAGAUUCAUGGUGCAUUAAGUCCCCAAACUAUUUUUAAUUUGUCUGUUUUACCCUGGAGACCCCCGUUUACAGACGUCACGCAACAGCUUUUGUUUCAACCCAGCCAUGAAAAGAAGGUAAUUAUAUUUAUUAUUCGAUAUGUCUGUCAUUUUUAGCUUAGAAUCAUUAAUUGAUGUCUAAUAUUUACUUUUAAAAAAAUAAAAUA